GUGAAAAUUCAUAUUGUCCUUUACCAAUCUCCCAUCGAAUAGAAACACAAUGGCUAUUGAUCGUUCGAGGACGGAAGUUUCUAUCCAGUCUGACCGUGUGAAAGAUGUCACCAGUACAGACUUUCCUGGCUAUUACUUUGAUGAGGACAAUUCCUGGAAUUUGGACAAAUUUCGCGAAAACUUGAAAGUCUCCGUUACUUCAUUAAACGAAGAAGCAAUGACUUUUGAACUCAGUGGAGUUGAUGCUUCUAUUGCAAAUGCAUUUCGUAGAAUUUUAAUUGCUGAAAUCCCUACGUUAGCCUUCGAAUUCACCUAUAUUAUAAAUAACACCAGCAUUAUUCAAGAUGAAGUAUUGUCUCAUAGAAUUGGCCUUUUACCGAUAAAGGCCGACCCCGACAUGUUUAAAUGGUUUCAGCGGCCUAUUCCUGGCCAGGAAGCCACUCACACUGAUUACGAUACGGUGGUUUUCUCACUCAGCAAAAAGUGCGAAUUUAACAAAGAAGCAGCUGCUGAUGAGAAAGACCCUAAGAAGCUUUACAUUAAUUCAGAGGUUCUUUCGAGCGAUUUGGUCUGGAAACCUCAAGGACGACAAGAGGAACGUUUUGCUGACUCUCCCAUUCGUGUUGUAAAUCCAAACAUCGUGGUUGCUAAGCUACGUCCCGGUCAAGAAAUUGAUUUGGAAGCUCAUGCUGUAUUAGGUGUUGGCCAAGACCAUGCCAAGUUUUCUCCUGUGGCUACUGCUUCUUAUCGUCUGUUGCCGACUAUUCACAUUUUAUCUCCCAUUGUAGGUGAUGAUGCCGUCAAAUUCCAAAAGUGCUUUCCUGCCGGUGUUAUCGAACUAGAAAAUGGCCCUGACGGAAAGCAACGCGCUCGGGUUGCUGACGUUCGUAAAGAUACCGUUUCCCGUGAAUGUUUGAGACAUCCAGAAUUUGCCGGCAAGGUUCAGUUGGGCCGUGUUCGUGAUCAUUUUCUUUAUUCAGUAGAAAGUACCGGAAUCAUGACUCCUGAUGUUUUAUUCUUGAAGAGUGUUGCUGUGUUGAAGUCCAAAUGUAUGGCUGUUAAAGCUAGCCUUGACAGUUUGGGCUCAGAAGCUGCUUAAAAAAUGUUUAUUAUUGAUAACUUGGGCACGUGUUCUAAUAUCAUUGGAAAUUGGUAAAUAUGACCACGUAGACAGUUGUUCAUAAUUGGCUUAGAAGAGGGUUUGCGUUUGGUUUUUAGGAAAGGUUCAAAAAAACUUAAUAAUAAUAUUCUUAGAUCAUGUUAUAUGGCCAUUUUAGAAAUGGAAAUCAG